AUGACAGAGCCCGUCGAUCCAAGCAUAGCAGGGUCGGCAGGCCCAUCGGACGUUGCCCUUGAGGAACGAACUGCAUCACGAUCCAAGGGCCCAAAUCGGACGGGCGUAGAACCGACCACACAUCCAGCGCCGCCGAAGGGCAGCACAAAUGAACCAGCGGGGCGUGGACCCCCGGCGCCAACGGCAGCGCCACCGGCUCGAACACCACGAGUAGAACUGCCGCACUCCGAACAAACUAUGGCAGCAGCGUUAGUAGCGCCGUCGGUGGUAACACAAUCAACGCCAGCGGCGACGGUACCACCGCGGGCGGCCUCGCGCUCCCGGUCUCCGCCACGGUCGCCUCCGCCGACCGCCGUUCGCGGGAGCACUGCGCCACCCCCACCCUGCGUCGCUGCCCCUUCGCCACCCGCGCCGCCGGCUUACCUGGCGGCGGGGGUCCUUCCCUUCUGUGUCCUCGGAGGGGAUCUCCUGUUCCUGCUGGGCCAGCAGCUUCGCUUCCACUCCCGAGUCAGAGGCAGGUCGUUUCCAGAGAUGGGCGGCGGUUCAACAACCCCGGUGGCAGCGGAGGACGAGGGCCGGGUCGCGAGCGCAGCGGCGAGACAAUUACCGCCGAGCAUCGAAACUACACCGCUGCCGUCGGGGGCGCCGCCGCCGCCGCCACCACCGACGCCGGUCUGGAGACCGCGACGAGGCCCGCGGGCGAAGGUCUCUCUGUCGCUCUCGCCGGGCUCUUCGGGCUCUGCGUCGUCUGGGCACCCGCCGGGCGACGCCUCGCCGUCGCCGCCAGCAGUGGCAGGAGCAGCAGCAGCAGCGGCAGCCGGGGCUCAAGCGAGUCGGGAAACGGCGGCGAAGGUCGAGGAGGCCGCGCCGUCAGCAUCGUUCCCGGUGGCUGGCGCUAGUAGGGACGGGACGGAGCACGGUAUGCAGACAGGAGCGCGUGGGGCACGGGCAGGGGGGGGCGCGCCCAUGGGUGGUGGCGAGUUCGGGAUGGCAGGCAAACGCUCAGAGAUGGUGGCGUUGGCGGUGCAGGAGAACGACUUGGAAGCUGCGACGGAUUCACCAUGUGGGGCAGGUGACCCGUCUGCCGCACACGGCGCAGCAGUCAAAAACGGGCCAAGAUCCGGCGGUAUUAACCCCGAAGACGGGUCUUCCAACACCGCCGUACUGCCCGAGGAGGAUCCUCCCGCAGCUACCGGGGACCCGCACCCGCCGGUGGAGGAGACGGCGGCCGCGCCCGGGCAGGGGACCGUGCCGGCUGGCCUGCUGUGGUCGGAUUUCGGGGGUGCGAGAGAGGCGAGUGACGCGGACGCUGAGGAAACGGCGAGCCGGGAGUUUGCGGAGGAGAGCUUCGGGAUUUUCCACGGGGUUAGGCUGGAGAGCGACAGCGUGGCUCGCAGCCAGGCGACAAUGUCGUCCGCUCUGCGGGACCCCUCCCUGCGAGGCAAGCGCGUUUUCGAGUGCCGCAACGGCGGCUACGUGAUGUUUGUCGCCGAGGUCGACUUCGUGCCGGACCUGAUGAUCAACCUCGCGCGCAAGGAGAUCGUUGGAGAGGACGGCAGCGGUCCAGAUGCCGUCGGUGUCCAGGGUGAAUGCUGGGGAAGCGGUCAAGGUCAAGCGUCUUCUCCGGGUUUCAGCGAGAAGACCGACUUCGCCUGGGUGCCGGCGUCCGUUCUUCUGAGGGCGAUGCGUGAAAGCAGGAACCGCUCGACGAGGAAGGUCGUGGUGAAGCUAGGGGGCUGCCGCUACCUCCGGCUUUUUCACAAGUUCGUCAUUUCCCUGUGGGGCUUAGACCUCGCGGCCGUCAUCCAGGCAGCGUCGACCCCUCUGCAAGGCCGCAGGGCGUCGCUGCCCCGUCCCCGCACCCUUCUCGUAAAGUCGAACGCGGAGCCCAUCUCUCGUUGCGACAGCAACCAAGACGAGACCGGCGGGGAGAGCAGCGACGGCGCAACCUCUGCGGAACGGUGCGCCGCCAUCCGCGGCAUAGACUGCGUCCGGCCCUCGUUCCUUUCCGGUCGCAAGCGGACAAGCCUCGGCAUUAUUGACGGGCGCCGUGAUCGCAGGUGGGACAGGCGGCGUCAGGGGCGCAGCGGGGAGCGAAGACGGCGAAACCGGGAGCGAAUUCGGGCGACGUUAAACGGCGGUGGUGGUGAUGCCGGGGACGGUCCGCGCAGCGGCCGCUCGAGGAAAAGCGGGGCCGCCUGCCGCAAGAGAAGACGGCAGUGCAAGCAGGCGAGGCGCUUGAAGGCGGCCGCAAUGGCGGAGGCGGCGGAAGCAGCGCGGGUGCCAUCCACGGCGGUACCCCCCGAGGCGUAG